GUUUCUUUUCUUUUUUCUACUUUGAAACACGAUGCCUACAAAAUCAAGAGAACAAAAACAUAGAUCUAUUGUGAGAAGAGCCUUAAGAACCGAGAUUGAAAGUGUCAAAGAGAAAGUGCGCGCUGCAUAUAUUCUCGAGACAAAAAGAGAAGAAGGCCAAGAAUUGACUCAAGAAGAACGUAAGAUUAUUGAAGAACGUCCUGUCAAUAUCAAACUCAAUGAAGCAUUGCAUGACAUGUAUAUGACCCAGUCUUCACCUUCUGUUGAAAGAAACAGAGGUUUACAAGAAGAAGAAAUCUGGACAUUAAUGCAUUUCUUUUAUCUCGUUCGACUGGCUCAACAAGGCUUUUUUUAUUUGAUUUCCAACAUGUGUCCAUCCAUUGAGCCUCAAGCAUUGACUUUCCUGGCAGACAAAAUGGUGGGCUCUUCAUUGUAUGCCAGUCGAUCACCUCAUGAACAAUCUAGAAAAUCACACAAGGCUCAAGUCAGACGUAUUGUGCGUGAUUUACAUGCUGAGCUAGAUGAGCCUAUAGCAGAAGGAUUUAGAACCACUUAUCAACAGAUCAUGCGACUGAUUCAUGGUUUAGUAGAUCAAAGCUUAGGAGAACAAGACAGUAAGGAAAAAGAAGGCAAAGAAAAACAACCCCAGAAACCUGUGGGGCCUACUAUUCCUCCUGUGUGGGUAGUCAUGCCUUAUUCGAGUAUGAUGGAUGGGGCUACAUUUGCUAUGCCAGGUGCUAUACCUACUUUACCUUAUCCUAGUACUCUUCUGCCUGCAGGUGCAUUAGGUGCUAAUGCAUUCCCAUUCAUGUCAUCAUUAGAAGAAAACAAAAAGCGACUUGGUCAUACAAAGCGAAAGAGUAAAAAGCAAAAAGAAGUUGAGGAAGAGGAAGAGCAAGUCAAUAAGGAAGAACAAGUCAGUGAAAAUGAACCUUCAGUGCAAGACAUAAAAGAAACUCAAGAUCAAAUCCAUCAUGAGCAGUUUGAAGACGAUGGUGAAGAUGAAAGAUUUGCUGAUCCCGAGACAAGCGAUGAAGAAGCACGCGAUCAAGAUGAGGAUGAAGAAGAGGAUGACGAAGAAGAAGAGGACGAUACAGAGAAGCAAGAAGAAGAACAUCAACGAUUUACACAAGAAAUCAAUGCCAAGAAUCAACAAGAACAAACAAGCGAAGGAUGGGGUGCUAUAGAUACAAAAGAAGUAACUCAGAAUGGAUGGGGAGAAGAAACUCAGAAGAAAUGGAAUGAAGAGCCUCAAAAUAAACGGGAAGAAACCCAACAUCGUUGGAGAGAUACAGAACAGCAAGCAGAAGCAGACAAGAAAUGGCAGUCAUUUGCCUCACGUAAAGACAAUGACUCGAGCACUUCUUCAAGAGCCAAUAGUCCGCGUAAUUCAUCUCGCAAUCAAAACCAAAGACGCAAAUUUAAAAGCAAUCGUUAUUAAAUGGCUGUGUGUUACAGUCAAUAAAGUUUUUUUUUGUUUAUUUACCC